GUAAGGAAACCUGAUUCCCCAAUUUCAGUCCCCCUCCCUACUCAGUCGCUUUCUUCUUCUUUGGUGAGCCUUCCACCGGCGGCGUUUGUCGAGCAGCACAACCCACGAGCUCUAGUUCUACGCGACGGAGGUAACCUGCGGCGACAGCACCUACACUCCGACAAGCAGAUCCUCACAACCUCGACGGCGUCUUGUUGUGCGCGACGACACCCACGCAGCGGCAGCAACCUAAACGUCCAGACUCCUAUUGCUCUGCAGCGACGCAUCUUGCCGACGAUUCGUAGAGUUCCAUUUGCUCUACGGUGCGAGCAGAUUCCAGGCACGAAUAGAAACGCCUCUAAACUCGCGGGUUCGACGUAUUUAUUAGCGAGCUAAUUUCAGCAGCAACCUACUCCUCAAUUGAUUUUGAUUCAGUUUUCUCGUAUCCCGUAGAAAUCAGAUUUGCGAUUUUGAACUUGAUCACGUUCCAGCAAAGAUUUCAGUCCUUAUUGGUUCUUACUAGUUUCGGACUCCUUCGAACACAUUUCAGCAAAGACCCAAGCUCUUUUGCAAUCAUUUAGUCUCUAUCCUGCAUUGGCUUGAGGAACAGAGACAACUAGUGAAAUUUAUUAUUCGAUCUGUAAAAAGGAGAAGGAAAUGCUACGAAGACGGCUGUGUUACUUUCUAUCUAGCUCAUUUGCUUCAGUUCGUACUAAACCCCCACCUGCUUUUGCAAUAAACCAAGCAGUAUCACGUCCAUUCCUAGAGUUCCAGCGAAACCCUAGCCUUGAUCGGAGUGUAGGUUUCCCUCUUUCUGGGAAUGUCCUUGGUUUUCGAGCUUACAGCCUCUUGAGCUUAAAUGAUCUGAGAGACAAAGUUCCAAGGAAACAGAAGACGAGAAAGGGUCGUGGUAUUGGUUCUGGGAAGGGGAAGACAGCAGGGAGAGGUCACAAGGGUCAAAAAGCGAGAGGUUCUGGGAAGCUAGGGUUUGAAGGGGGUCAAACCCCACUUCGUCGUAGGCUUCCUAAAAGAGGCUUUAAGAAUCCUUUCAGCCUCACAUUUCAGCCAGUUGGAUUGGGAAAGAUUGCUAAACUUAUAAAUGCUGGGAAAAUUGAUUCUUCUGAAUUAAUCACUAUGAAAACACUCAAGGAUACUGGUGCAAUUGGAAAACAAAUACAGGAUGGGGUGAGGUUGAUGGGACGUGGUGCUGAACAGAUUAAGUGGCCAAUUCACUUAGAGGUGUCAAGGGUCACUGUUAGGGCGAAGGCAGCGGUGGAAGCUGCCGGAGGGACUGUUAGAAGAGUGUAUUACAAUAAAUUAGGCUUUCGGGCGCUGCUCACACCGGAGUGGUUCGAAAAGAAGGGUAGACUGUUACCACGAGCAGCUAGGCCACCCCCAAAGCAACAAGACAAAGUUGACAGCAUUGGGCGCUUGCCUGCGCCCACUAAACCCAUCCCUUUUUCGGUUGAAGAUGGAGGAGAGGCAGCUUCCAGUUUGCCUGCCUAGGCAAUCAUGGUCAUUCCCAUGAAGGAUUUUAACUUUCGAUUGUCCCUUUGAAAUGCAUUUUGUAAGCCGGUAACCAUUUUGUUUCUACAUUUUUUUUAAAGGUUCAAUGAUGGACGGCCGCUCUUCACAGACGUUUUCAGGAUUCCGGGUGGUAAUAGAAAUCACCUCAUCUUAUUAACUAUCAAGUUCAAUAAAGAUAAUAUGUGCUUAACUAUUAGAUAUA